AUGCCCGUGGGUCAUAUGAAAAACACACACAAAUUAACAGUUAUAAUAAUAUAGUGUAUGUGCAUGAUGGGAGCUUCUGUUGAUCCUCUGGUAGUAGGGCGGGUGAUUGGGGACGUGAUAGACAUGUUCGUUCCGUCUGUAGGGAUGUCCGUCUACUACGGCUCAAAGCACGUGACCAAUGGGUGCGACAUCAAGCCUUCCAUGGCUACAAGCCCACCCAAGGUUACUCUCACUGGCGGCAACAUUCACAGCCUCUACACCCUCGUUAUGACUGAUCCAGAUGCACCAAGUCCUAGUGAACCAACCAUGCGCGAGUGGCUUCAUUGGGUCGUUGUUGACAUUCCUGGCGGUACAAAUCCCACCCAAGGAAAGGAGAUAGUAGCUUAUAUGGGACCUCGGCCACCUGUGGGAAUUCACCGAUACAUACUGAUAUUGUUUGAGCAGAAGGAAGUUUUAGGGGGAGUGGAACAACCAGCUGCACGCGCGAGUUUCAACACUCGCUAUUUUGCCAGACAAUUCAAUUUAGGACUUCCGGUCGCCACAGUUUAUUUCAACUCCCAGAAAGAGCCUGCUUCUAAGAGACGUUGAUCAUUCUCAAUCAAUCAACUAUAUAUGCAUCAUCCUCCUUAAAUUAAAUAAUGAGAACCAUGUUAAGAGUGUUUACAUACAGUCAUAAUAUAUGUAAUUACUUAGUAUUAUGUACUCCUUUAAUUUUCAGUAUUGUUAUUAACUAAAUGUUAAGCAAGUAUGUUUUAUCUA